CUAAACAUACUGUGAUUCAAUUUCUGUUAGACUAUGCUCUUCAUUUAAAAUGAGCCAAAUCCAGGAAUUUGACCAACAUUGGUCAUGAAGCAACUGUUCUGAAGUUUCAACCAGCCAUGUUCCACAACAGCUCACAGGGGAAAUACUGGAUCUUUAAAAGUGACAACGAAGUGGAGCAGAAGCGAUACAAGGCCAACCAGAAAUUCCGUAACAAGAUACUAGAAAGUGGGAAGCCUGGGGUGAGCGAGUCCAAGUUCCUGGAGCGUCAUGAGGAAGACGUUUUAUUCCGACACUAUGAGAGGAGGAUGCUGGACUUCUGCAAUGCUUUCAAGCCUGCAAUGCCCAAGUCUGUUGUGGGAACAGCUAUCAUGUAUUUCAGAAGAUUCUACCUGAACAACUCCAUUAUGGAGUACCACCCUAGGAUUAUCAUGCUGACAUGUGCAUACCUGUCCUGUAAAGUGGAUGAGUUCAACGUGUCCAGCACCCAGUUUGUGGGCAACCUUGUGCAGGAGACCCCCGCAGGGCAGGAAAGGGUUCUGGAGCAGAUCCUGGAGUAUGAGCUGCUGCUGAUCCAACAACUCAAUUUUCACCUGGUGGUGCACAACCCCUACAGACCGAUGGAGGGCCUGCUCAUCGACCUCAAGACAAGAUACCCCACACUGGAGAACCCUGAGUCACUGAGGAAGAGUGCCGAUGACUUUCUGACACAGGCGACCAUGACAGACGCAGGACUGCUGUUCCCCCCCUCUCAGAUCGCUCUAACAGCUAUACUGAACAGCGCCUCGAGAGCCAGUCUCAGCAUGGAGAGCUACCUGACUGAAUGUUUGGGACUAAAAGAGGACAAAGAGACUCUGUCAAAGAUGUACGACUCAAUGAGACGGAUGAAAACCCUCUUAAAGAAGUAUGAACUUCCCAAACCAGAGGAGGUGAACGCUUGCAAAAAGAAGUUGGAGAGGAUUCAUGCUGAAUUUGCCAGUUCAAGCAACAAACGAAAGAGAGGAUAUGAAGAAGACGGUCAUGUAGCAAAAGAACCGCGUUUAACAGAAGAGGAAUGGACUGAUGAAGACCUGGCAUGAGCAUUUACCCCAAAAUGGUUUUGGAUUUAAAGUUUGAAGUUAAUUUCAAUAUUAAACUGUCAAGGUUGGAUGACCAAGCCAUUAUGUAAAGCACAAUGGAGUGUCAUAGACAGUUAUACAGUUGCAUAUGUGUACAUGUUAUAUUUACUUUCUACGGGAUAUUGUAGAAAUUUGAGUUUGAUUUUGUCCUGCAGUAAGAAUAAAUCUAUUUUCCUACA